AUGUACGAUGUCCUCGGAGGCUUCUUCAAGGGCCUCGGCUGGAAGUCGGUCAACCAACAUGAGCAGCCGAAUGAGAAGCACCAGGCUUAUGGUUACCCAUCCUGGUCCGUUGCUAACGGCAUUCGUGCUGGCCCCGUUCGUUCUUACCUUCCCCUAGCUCAGGAGCUCGAUAACUUCUCCCUCCGCCUUCAGACCAAGGUCCGCCGUCUGGUACGUCGCGGUGGUCGCAUCACCGGUGUCGAGGUCGAGACUGAAUCUGGUGCCAUCGAGAUUAUCAACAUCCGUGCUGGUGGCAAGGUUGUCCUGGCUGCUGGUUCCAUGUCUACCCCUCGUGUCUUGUUCAACUCUGGUAUCGGACCUGCUAAGCAGAUUGAGAAUGUGAAGAGCGGCUCCACUGGCAUUACCGUCCCUGCCCAGGAAGAGUGGAUCAACCUGCCCGUCGGUGAGAACCUGAAGGAUCACCCCAUGUUCACUAUCAGCGUCCACACCAAGAGCAACUUCACUGCUUUCAACACCUCCAGCGUCCUCUCCGGCCCGGCUGCUGCCGUCCAGCAGCUCUACUCAAAAGGCUCUGCUAAAAGAAAAUUCUGCUCUGCUUCGAAAAUGCUUACUCCACCCUCGAUUUCGAGGAGCUCGCCCGUGACAUCUCCCGGCCCAUACCUCUCCUAUCCAUCAGGGUUAGGAGUUAACCUUGACGAGGUGAUGAGAAAUUGGGACGAGCUGCCGCCGGAGCGGAAAAAGGCUGGUGACCGAUGGUCUGCUGUGAUCAACCCUGACAUAGACAAGAACUGGGAGAUAGACCUGCUUCAUAGCGUGACGCACGAUAGCAUUGUCAACUGUGUCCAGUUUAGUAACGAUGGCAAAUAUAUUGCUGUUGGAUGCGCAGAUGGCGCCGUACAAAUAGUCGAGGUUUCAACCGGAACUCAGGUGGCUCGUCUACAAGAUGAGGGAUAUAGUCACGACUGUCUCUGUGUAAGAGUGAGGUUUUUGCCUGAUAAUUAUCUUCUGCUUACCGCACAUAGCGAUGGCAAUAUACGCGUUUGGAACUAUAUGGGAAGCCUUCUUCGACGAAUCCCUUGUGGUAGUGAAACUGGGUUCUUCACUCUAGAUCUUUCGGCUACUGGCCAUCUAAUCGCGUUUUCCGAGAGAAAUAAGACUGUCAAGGCUUGGGAUCUGGAUGCAGCAUCUGGUAUUCGGCAGCUCGGGACGCUCCACACAGCUGACGAUGUAUAUAUAGUCGCAGUGUCUCCCGACUCAGGUUAUAUUGCUGCCGGGUGCGACGAUGGGAUGAUCUAUAUCUGGCGUGCUGAUUCACUAGAUCCUGGUACUGCUAGCGCAAGUGGGACGAAAAUAGAGAAAGUAUUGGAGUUUCAAGCUCACGAUGAGAAUGUCAUGGCUCUUUCAUUCACUCCAGAUUGCCGAAGUAUUAUCUCCGGGGGUAUGGAUGGAACAGCAAAGCUAUGGAAUAUUGAUUCCUUGAAAGCCUUCGUCAACGAAGAUAUAACUCCUAACGACUGUACAUUGAUAUACAAAGCUCACCAGGAUAUGGUUUUGAGUGUCUCCCCAGAUCCUACAGGCAACUGGCUCCUGAGCGGCUCCAAGGAUAUGACUGUGUAUCUAUGGGACAUUAGUACAGGUGUUGCUGAGAUGCGGCUUGGAGCUCAUGGAAACUCGGUACUCGGUAUUGCAUGGAGUCCUACAGAUAAUAUUGUAGCGACUGGAGGCGGCGAUCGCGUUCUUCAAUUAUGGCGCUACUAUCCAUCGAUAAGGCUAGCUCUAAGGUGA